GUCUUUCCCAAAAGUGACACAAAAGACACACGCUCGAAUCGCAGCAAGCGGCAGCGCACAGUGUUGUUAUGUAAAAUAAACUAUUCUCAAGCUUCUGCCGGGUGGCUUUUCCGCAAGAUGCUGAAAGUGUUCCAAUCGUCGUCCACCCUGCUGGGACAGCAGCUGAAAGCCCUGGUUUCAGUCCGACACUACGGCAAACCGAACAAAAAGUUCCUCUACAAAGAUGGCAUCCUGAAGGACCAGAUUUAUUACUACCCACGGGACAACAACCGUGAACUACCUGCGCUGGAUGGAGAACCUUCGAAACUGUUCAGCGUUCGUCGUAUGAAACCAAUCAAAGGGCUGCCGUACUGGGAAAAGCGGAUACUGCGCGGCUUGGGACUGUAUGAGAAAAAUGCGGUCGCCGUGGUAAAGAACAUCCCGGAAAAUAAUGCCCGCCUGUGGAAGGUGAAGCAUUUGGUGGAGAUACUUCCGAUCACGUACCGGUACGGCGAACCGACGGAGGCUGACAUCGAGCGAACGUUCCUAAAGGAGGAUGGCGAGUGUGUCGUGAUACGCAAGCUAGAGGCAGCGGAGGUGACCAACACGAAGCUGUCCGCUGCGGAGCAGCUUCGUCACGCCAAAGAUCGUAUAGACGGGGAAACGUUACGAAAAGAUUCUCGGCUCAAGUGGCUGAAUGCGUGGUAAGGGAGGGUGGCAGCCUAGCGGGAUGGCCGUAAGUCCGUUUGUAGGUAGUGCGGAGGAGGAUUGAGUGGCGUUUAAUAUAAGCAACCUUUAAAAACACAAAAAAGAAGUUUCGGAUACUUUUUUAUACAAGUAGGGCACGGGCAGUUUUUACACGACACAUUUAAAUAGUCCACUGUUUAUUAGUUUUUUUGUUGCACGCUUACAUAUUACCCACCCGGCGCCGCUGCCGUCCGCGAUUCGAGCCAUUCCGCAACAAUCGAUCGCUAGCGUGUUGGCUAGCCAGUAGGGAAGAAACCGGUCGGAAAAACCACCCCGGGCCCUGGCUAACAUCACCCCACACACGCUGCUGGUAGGGGGACGAGCGUGACAUCGCGCCCCAUCGGCCACUGGAACCAACGGGCGGAUUUGUUGGGUGUGGUGUAUGUAUGUGUGAGUGUGUCAGUAGUGUGGUAAAUAUAAUAUAGUAGUAGUAACAUUGA